UUCUUCGACAGUCAUGGUUAGCGACGAGUUUCGUAUAAAACAUUUUUCUCUGCGGCAUUCAGCUCAACGUGAGUUUACAAGCUCCAAGGUAAGUGUAAACUACUGUAGGCUAUAAACAGUCCAACCUUUUGACGAGGGGUGGGGAUUAAGAUUGCAUUUCAUUUCUUCAAACGGAGGGAACCGUCAUGUCUGCUGGUCAAGACAUGAUAAUAAACGAGCUCCCAGUAAGCUGGAGCCUUUAGUAGAGAAGGAGUAAUUUCGAAACUUCAGAAUUCUUAUAAGAAACUGCUUUCGUGACGACCACUAUUCAGCUGACAAUUCGCGGAAGCCAAUGGUAAGACUGCCAACUCGACAAAGAGUAAUCAGUAGUUAACAAUUUCAGUGAACUAGAUACAAGUAAACAAAUGCAGCCGUGUGAUAUAUUUUGCACUAAAAAGUUGCAAGUUUAAUCAUCCAAUACAGGCCCACCAAAGCCGGAUGUGACGGCAAAGAAAGUGAAAGAUUGUCAUCAUAGCACUCUGACCCCUAUGUUAAUGUUAGAGACAGUUCAACAUUACGGCUUCAACUAGCGAAUCAUUGUGGGAGGGGGGCGGUGUCCGAAAAAAUUUUUUUCGGCCCUUCGGGCCUUCGUUUGUUAAAAAUAAGGGGCCCCCCUCCCCUGUAUCCGCCACUGCAUGGUUAAAACCAACCGUUAAGGUUUCCUCGAUCGAUUGUUUUUUUCUCAGUAAUAUUAUAGCUCAUAUAAUAUAUUUGAUCACGAGAUCAACAGGAUAUUGUUUCUGGACCAUGAGUCUUUCCCACUUGACCUUUUUAGAAUUCCUGACCAACCCGACUCCAACAAGUCUCAUUACGGAAUAUUUAACCAUCGGCCGAAUGGGCUAUUGCCUCAGAGGCCAAUACAGGCCAUGAGGGCGAGAGGAAUAAUUGUUUUAGUAAAAUCCAACUAGUUGGUCAAAAAUAAAAUGGAUUUUAAUCCUUUUCUGCCGCCAAAAGCCCGCGUUUUCACUACUAGUGGGCUAUUCCUGAAGCCUAGACUCAACCAAUCAGAACGUACUUGGACCACUUUUCUAAAAACACAUAAUCCGUAGUUGUCAUGGAUUUCACGUUGGGUAACUUGUGGAACUUGCAUUCUGGAAUCCAAAGCCAAGGAUCCCGGAUUCCACGAGCAGUAAUUUCUUGAAUUCUGAAAUUAUAGCAAGGGGGAAAGAUAGCGCGUUUGAAACUGAAUGAAAGAUGUUCAGCACUAUAUAAUGUCCUUUUCCUCACCUGGGCCUCAAAGCAAACGAGAGGCUAAUGCACUACGACCCUAUGAAAUCCCACAACUUGCUUGUACGUCAAGUUAACUGGCCAUGUGGUGUAACCGCACCACUUAUUUCAGAUAAUUGAACUGCUUAUGUUCAUCAGACCCAUAAACCCAAUGGGACGAGUAAGCCACGAUGUUAGCACGUAGUUCUUGCAGCUUGCAUUCGAAUGCUCCCGCGAAACUACAAUUCGUGAAAUUAGAACAUAUCAACUGACUUUGGUCAACUGGUAUCUCACAAGGGGACCAAAGAAGAAGAAUUAGGCUGGAAUAUCGAAGGCUUGAGUCAUGCCUUUUGAAAAAAUCAUUUUGGGUGAAAGUUUUUAAAUACUAACGUUGACAUGUUGUGCUCGACGUCCUUUUCCCUCUCCUUUCACCGUUGGCCUCAAAAUUGGACAAAUCCACUUAAACCUAUCACUAAACAACAUUACAGGGAGAAAUGGAGGUAAAACAGUUGUGCGGUGACCCAAAUUAGGUGUCCUUGAUUGUAGCCUUCGAUCACUAAGUCCUUUCCUAUAUCUCAUGUUAUAGAACGCCUGACAAAACGUUAGCCAGAAACCGUCAGUAUUUGAAGUAUUCAUGGAAGCUCUGUUCUCACAAAUUUGUCUGCCUUUUUCUAGUGGCUGGCUAUGCCUGUUUUUGUGGUGUAUCGCCUGAUGAUCGCGGCAUACAAUCUAACGUGGCUUAUCUACAAUAUAUACCUGAAAGGAGCUAAGCUGUUUAUUUACAUCUCAAACUGGAGUUAUACACUCUUUGUUGUCUACUUUACUAUUGCAACCAUUCUUUCCUGCAUUGAAAAGUGUAACGAUCUGAAAAAGGAACUAGACAGUGCUUCUGGUGAAAGCGAUAAAGAAACGCCAGAAGAUGGGAUAGAAAUGAAGAUCUAUGACGUGGAUGAUGACCCAGUAACGACCGACGGAGAGAGAGACGCUUUGGGAUUUGGACAUAAACUACUUUGGUUUCUUCAUACAAUCUCUGCUACUGGAGGUUUGUGGGUGACCGUGGGGUACUGGGGCGUACCUUUCGAGGAUGGGAAAGUAGACGCUGAUAACCUCACAAAGGAAGUGUUUAGUUCUGUGUUUGUGUUAAUGGACACGUGUCUCAGCUUGAUUCCAGUGCGUGUUGUUCAUUUUGUGUAUGCACUCCUGUACCUUGCUGUGUAUCUUCUUUUCUCCGUGGUUUAUUGGAAGCUGGGCGGAACCAACACCGAAGGAAAACCUUACAUCUACAAAGUCCUGAAUUACGACGACUUCAAAGCCAUUACUGGAGUUGUUUUAGUGGUUCUACUGAUAGUGGGUGUACCUCUAUUGCAUCUAUUUGUGUUUGGCAUCACCAAGUUUCGAGAUUAUCUUCAUAAAAAGUAUCAUGAGAGAAAAAAGCCAUAUAGUGGCAUAUACAGGAUGAUAUCGAUUAUAGGAGACAAUUGA